GGCUGGCUGGACGCCUUCGCUCCUGACGGCGACGGGCUGGGCGCCGACACCCCCGUCGCCAUGGCGGCAGAGCCGUCGAGUCGGGGAGACAUCGCCCUGGACAUGGAGAGGGCGCCCGCCAAACCCGAGGAGGCGAUGAGCUGGGCCGGGAGCGGCCUUCUAACAGCCGCCGGCAGCGGAUCAACAUACGGCCUGCACUGCUGGGAGACGCCCAGCAACGUGCCACCGUCCGCCCCCUCUACCCCAGAGAAUGGGGGUACCCUCGCCUUGCGGGACAUGUACCCUUUCAUGGCGGAGCCCUUGCCGCCACCGCAACAUCUCGAACAGCCGAUUGCUGAGGACCAGCUACAGGAUCUGACCAACUGGCUGCUUUCCUCCGUCCAACACAAGCAGAGCUCUCUCCUGAUGCUAGACGAGUUUCAGCCCCUGGCACAGCCUCUCGACGUGCAGCCCGAGAGCGAGCCGCAGCCGGCGCACGGGAGCGUGGUGGCCUGGCCAUCCAGGGAGGUGCGCUCUCUGAUCGCGGGUGCGCUGGCCGCGCCCCUGCCGCCCGCCGAGGAGGUGCUGGUGGCGGCGGCGGGCAGGAGCCACCAGGACUCGUCCGUCCUCCUUCGCUGCGUGACCUGCGGCGCGCCCUUCGACUGUGGCCUUAGGACCUGCCGCUGCGCCGCGCCCAGGGCGCGCAAGGGCAGCAGCAGCCUGCUGCAGAGGCUGCGCUCCGCCGCCUCCAAGCACGCCCGGAAGAAGGCCGGCGGCGCUCACAGCUCGGUACAGGUCAUAUGGGAGAACGAGGAGGUGGUAGGCGGCAGCGACUCCGAGGGCUCGGGAGGCUCUGACAUGGACGUUGACGGGGCCGGCGCGGAGCAGCCCGUGAUCGCUGAGCAGCAGACCAGUGCCAAGCGAAAGACGAGCGGCGGACAGCCCGGCGGCAAGAGGCCGCGGACAGCGCGGCAUGACGCGGUGGAGGAGAAGGGCAGCCGCCAGGCGUCCCGCGGGGGCGGACAACGGGGGCGGCCGCGGGGGCGGGGGCGUCCUCCAGGGCGGCGUGGUCUGCGCGUUGGGGGGCGGCCCGCUCGCGGCUCGGGGGCGGCGUCCGCGGCGCAACGUGGCCGGAGCGGGAGCCGCCGGUCGAGCAGGACGACGCGGUCCGGCCAGCGGGGACAGCGGAGGCGCUCGUCGUCCAACCGCGUCGCCAGGCGGGGGCGCAGCGCGGGGAACAGGUGCUCGGAGUGCGGGCGCGCCAUGCCCAAGCUGGGCUGGCUGUCCAUGGUGGGUCGCGCCAUCAAGCGCGCCCUGGGCGGCGGCGAGCGGCCCUUCUGCAGCACCUGCUGGCGGAAGCUGCCCCAGCGGCGGCGACGGGGGUCCCAGCAGCAGCAGCAACAGCAGCAGCCUCCGGUCGUGCCGCCCCCGCAGGGCGCGCAGGGCGAGCUGUGCGACCAGCCCCCGGCCGCGGCCGCGCAGCAGCAGGCCAACCCCGCGGCGUGACGGCACCGUCCAGUGACACAAACACCGGGGGCUUCCCUUGUACCGCGCGGUACCCACUUGGCAUGACGCACCGGGACGCGGCACUACGCGGCCAUCGCCAGGAGCGCGCAGGGGCGUCACGCGGGCCCUCUGCUUUGUCUCCAUUGUGGCCAAUAAACGCGCGUGACAGUGUGACGGCGCACCCGGGGCCCCCGUGGUGCAAUCCGAGGAGUGGGUGUAGUGUGUGUUAUCCCCACGGGUGCCCUCUGCUCAUUCAAAGAACAGACUUUGUCGA